UGAACACACGACUUCGUGUUAAAAUUGUGUCAAAACAGAUAUGCUAUCUGUCUGAAAUGUAGUAGAGGUGAAAACGUUGGCAUUCUCGAAGAACGCGUUCAUUUCCAAAAUGAAGACCAUAUUAUCAGUUUCAUCAUGUUGGUUUUUGUUUGUUUUUAUACACGUUGAAGCCGUAACAGAUGGGGAUUUCCAGUCACUGCUUGCCAGGCUUUCAGUGCUCGAAGAAAAACAAGCUAAUCUUGAAACGGAAAAUAAGUUGUCACAAGAAAGAAUCGCCGACUUAGAAAAAUACAAGAUAUUGUCCGACAAAAGAGUCGCUUCGCUUGAACGAAAAAAUGCAUUAUGUAACAGACGACAAGGUGAUAUUAUUAAGAAACUGUAUGCAGACAAAGUCGCGCUUGAAACCGACAAGAUACUGCCUGACGCAACUACCACAACAAAUGAAUAUGACAAGAAUCUGUCUGCCUCUGACAGAAAAAUCGCCACGCUCGAGAACGACUAUGCAGCAUCACCCAACCUGAGUGGUAAAGAUGAUAGAUACUCUGCUGCGGAUGAUAUUGCUGUACUUCAAUCGAAACAAAAAAGAUUUGUUGCAGAAGGGACUGUAGCAUUUUCUGCAAUGAAAGUAGCUCACCAAGAGCAUGUCGGUAUUAAUCAGAACAUCGUCUUCGAGCAGGUUCUUACAAAUGAAGGAGGUGGGUACCAUCAAAAUCACGGUGUCUUCAUUGCUCCACAAUCCGGCAUUUACGUCUUCUCGUCGACCAUUUUGUGUUUUCAAAAUGGGGAGGUUCUUGCUGAAAUGGUUCAUAACGGAAACCCCGUCACGAACAUUUACUGCCAUGGUGACAGUGGGAGACACGAUCAAGGUAGUCAGACGGUUGUCAUAAAGAUGAAUGCUGGUGAUGAAGUCGCAGUUCGAAAUUUUUACCAUGCAGAUGACAGUAUCUGGGGAGGUCAGUUUUCGUCAUUCAGUGGCUAUUUAAUAUGGCUGCAAUAAUUCAAGUGUUACCGGCAAAUGAUAUCUUCUGUCGGCAUAUUAGUUUACCCAUGCAAAUAAAACUAGUUAUGCAA